AUGUCCAGAAUUGAUUAUAUAAGUAUAGAAGGUUUAAGGAUAGAUGGCAGGAGGAAGGAUGAGUUGAGAAAUACCAAAAUAUUCUUUGGAUCAGAGACUAGCGUGGAUUUUCUUAAUUAUGACGGGGUUUCCGAGAUUCUUCAAGGUUUAAACAAAUUGGAAGUAAAGGGAGUGAAGAAUGUGUAUGGAAUAUUGGAAGAGAAGGUUGAUAUACAGUGUGAAAUCUUAUUGUCAACCGAUAAAAAGGUUAAAAACUCCCCAAAUGAGAGACUAAUUAAGGAUCUCGCUAUGGCAGUUAAGUCUACUUACCAGGAAAUGAUAAUUUCUCACUGCUAUAAGACAAGCGCAAUUUCCAUAUUUAUCAACAUAAUUGAAUAUGAUGGGAGCAUAAAAUCAACAGUUUUAAACGCCGUUGGCUUAGCACUGAUUGAUGCAGGUGUUUCUCUCAAGGAUAUCGUCUCCUCCUCUACAGUUUCAUACUUAGAUUCAACGGUCCUAACGGACCCAAAUCAGAUGGAAAUCAAUGCUUCAACAGCUACUUUAUGUAUCGCCUUUUCUUCUUCAAAUAAUAACAUAAUUUAUAUGGAUUACAAGUCAAAAAUCGCACUGGAAGAUUUCAAGUCACUGUUCGAUUCCUGCCUCGCAGGCUCCAGAAUAUUCACGGAAUACGUUAGACAAAGAUUAAUCAACUACGCCAACAAAGCCGUUACUCUUAACCUUAAAAUUCACUCAAACUAA